GGCAACAUCCUGUUUGAAUAAUUUAAAUUGUAGAAUAAGAGCUACACAGUGAAUUUGGCAAACUCUGUUGUUACUUUAACCUCACUCAGCCUUAUUCAUUUCCUGUAGUCACGAAUAGUGGUUGAAGUUGGAAUUUCUCAUUUCAUAGCAUUAAUAGAAAAAAAAAUAAUCAUUUUUAAAAGAGUUAAACAUAUUGUGACUUGUCAGUCGACUAUUUUAAACGCCCUAGUCAAUGCUUCCUGUUCCAGAAAGACUUGUUGAACAGGUUUUCUUUUUUUUUCUUCAUCUCCUCUUGGGUUGGGGAAAGAAACUGUCACUUCUCAUCUGCCCUCCCCUUCGCUCUCUAACUUCAACACUCGGUUCAACCAGUAGCACCAAUGAAAACUUGUCCCAGUUAAACCCAGACAAAGACUUACCCUCCCUUGGAUGCAUAGAAUUCUAAGAGUUUUGUGACUGUGAAGAAGGCACGGAGGGGGAAAGUUGCUAAUUUCAGUUGAGUUAUAGGGUAGGAUAGAGAGAGAGGGAAAGAAAAGGAAGAAGUGGAGCCAGCCAUAGGCAUUCAGAGAACACGCAGAGCUUCCCGAGAAGGGCCUAAUGACUGAACUACAGCAAGACUGGGAAGAUAUAAAACCGGCAAAAUUUCUCAGCAGGAAGGAGAGCAAGGCUGGUUUGUUCCAUUCAGAAGCUGAAAAUGGUGUGGAAGAGAAAAAGAAGGUUGGCAAGUUAUCAAUACUACAGAUGCCAGUAUCUCCAGAGACAGAAUCAUUGGACCAGAAAAAAAUCACUUGCUUAAGAUCAAAGACCAAUAGUGAUGUCCUCUCCUUAAUGAGUGACUGUAGGAGUGAUUCUAAAACAGACAACAAAAACGAUUCUAAACUUGAAAGGAAAAAAUCAAACUCUACAAGUCAGUAUAAGGCAAACAAGCACUUUCACAAGUUAUUUCUUGAAGUCCCAAGUGAGGAAUCACUGAUACAAAGUUUUACUUGUGCUCUGCAGAAGGAAAUACUGUACCAAGGAAAACUGUUUGUAUCAGAAAACUGGAUUUGUUUCUGUUCCAAAGUCUUUGGCAAAGACACCAAGAUCUGUAUUCCAACACUCUCAGUAACUCUAAUAAAGAAAACCAAAACUGCCCUGUUGGUGCCAAAUGCUCUGAUUAUUUCAACAGACACAGAAAGGCACAUGUUCGUUUCCUUGCUCUCCAGAGAUACAACCUACAAGUUAAUAAAAUCAGUAUGCAGCCACCUAGAAAAUACAAACGUGGGCAACAGCCCCAGUCCUUCAUCUCCUGAAAACGGUUUCCGGGCUGCACGUCCUUCAUCUUUGCCUCUGGAUUCCAAUGAUGAGUUGUCAGAUUUAGAUGGAGUGGUACAGCAAAACAAGCAAGGAAGGAAGGAAUAUAGCAGCUCUGGAUCUCAGACUCCUGAAUCUGAAAAUUCUCAAGAUUUUCAUAUGAUGGAGUCCCAGACAGUUCUGAAAGUCAUUAAGGGAGAAACAAAAUCAGUUCAUACAGAAUCUCAUGUGAAUUGUGUGCCCAAAGGAAAAGCCAAGAGCCUUCCAGGAUACACAGGUCAGUCAGAAGCCUUUGGAUUCUUCCAUAAAUUAAGAUCCCAGAAAUGUCUGACACUCCGCCACAUUCUCAUAUUCUAUGCAGUUAUUGUCUGUGCACUUAUCUUUUCUACCUUCUACAUGAGACACAGAAUCAAUGCUUUGGAGGAACGACUUAGAUCAAUAACCUCUAUGGUUGAUUCUCAUGAACAAAAAGCACCACAUUUGGGAUCACAAUUGGAAGUUAAUACUGAAGCUCUCUGUGAAGAGUUAACAGCCAAUAUAAUAAAACUGGAAAAGAUACAAAACAAUUUACAAAGGCUACUAGAGAAUGGUGACUGACUUACCUGGUUGCUUGGGGCCAACUUUUCAAAAGCAAGUUCAAUAUUUGUGGAGAACACUCUGCUGGACAGAGACACUGAUUAAUUGAAAUCCAAAGCCACUUUUGCACUUUAUGGUUACUGUCUAAGGAAAAUAGGAAGUGAUUUGAUUAUUGUGCAAUAAAUAUUAACAUUGACUCUGAGGGUGUUUUCACUACUACUUCAUGGAGAGAAUGGAUCUCAUUUCCUUGGAUAUAGCAAAGGGGACUGUUCCAUAUAACUGUGCCUUCAGGUUUGGAUGACUGAGGUACAGCAGUGACUAUAACAUCAGCAAACAUAUUCUACUCUGUUGGAUGACUGAGGUACAAUAAUGACUGUAACAUCAGCAAACGUGUUCCACUCUGUUUUACGUCUUCCUUUCUACACUUUCUUUAUCCCUUAAAACUCUUCACCUUCAACUUUAAAAUUAGGCAAUAAAUUUAGGGUUGUUU